GUUGCCCUUUCUGUUUUAGCUUUCUUCCUGGACCCAGCGCCGAUAAAACAGCCGCCUGUUUUUUUCUUUUUUUACGGUAUAGUAACCAAAUGGUUAUAGAUUGGACGUUGCGGUUGCUGAUCUACAAUGGAAAGUUGGCGGGGCGAAACACUUAUCAGGAUCUGCUUGAGUUUUGUUUCGGGCGUGCGGGACUCGUCGCCAUCUCGAUUUUCCAGUUUGCUUUUGCAUUUGGAGGGAUGUGUGCGUACUGCGUGAUUUUAGGUGACACGGUACCGCACGUUUUUCGAUCCAUGAUUCCAUCCAUCGAAAGCAUUCCAAUUCUGUGGAUAUUUGGGAAUCGUCGACUGUGUAUUAUGUUCUUCACCUUGUUUGUGUCUUACCCACUUUCGCUCUACCGCGAUAUCGGCAAAUUGGCCAAAACAAGCGCAUUGGCUCUCGUCGCCAUCUUUGUUAUCAUCGUCAGCGUCCUCAUUGAAGGACCACGAAUGUCGCCUGAAAUACGAGGCUCCCCUGACCUGAUGUUCAACGUGGUCAACGACGAAAUCUUUCAAGCCAUCGCCGUCAUCAGUUUUGCCUUUGUGUGCCAUCACAAUAGCUUUUUGAUUUUUACUUCUUUGAAACAACCGUCGAUGAAUCGAUUCGCCGUCGUAACGCAUUGGAGUAUGACCAUUGCCUUUGUCACAUGCUUUGUCUUGGCCGUGUCCGGCUACCUUGUCUUUACCGACAAGACCGCAGGCAAUAUCUUGAACAAUUUUCCUCCGGACAAUGUUCUGAUCAAUAUUGCACGAUUGGCGUUUGGUUUAAAUAUGUUCACUACUAUCCCGCUAGAAGCUUUUGUGUGUCGAGAGGUCCUGGAGACCUUUUUCUGGCCAGCAGCGACAUUCAAUCUCAAGCGCCAUUUCAUCUUGACAACGGUUUUGGUUCUUAUUGCCCUAGUGAUUUCGUUACUGACGUGCAACCUUGGCAUCGUCCUGGAACUGACGGGUGGAUUCUCCGCCACCGCUCUUGCUUACAUUUUACCUCCGCUUUGUUAUUUAAAACUAUCGGCUGGCUCCCUAUGGCAACGAAGCAAAAUACCGCACUGGACUUGCAUGAUAUUCGGAAUCAUCAUCAUGUUUGUCAGUACUUUUUACAGCCUUCAAAAAGUGUUCCGUCCCGGCCACCAUGCAGCCGUCACAUGUGAUUUUUGAAUACAUCGAUUUCAACUCAAAAUACAACGCAUUUCCACACGCAGCGAACCACUUGGUUGGCAUUGUUACACGCCAUCGUCAUUUGAAUCCUUUGAUUUUUCUUUUUCCAAUGAAAUUC